AUGGCCGAUCAGCUACGACGACUGGUAAAGAAUCCAACUCGCAACAAGCAUCCUACCCAGCCUCAGGAUGGCGACAAAGUCAGCGAUUCCGGCUCUUCAUUCAGUCCUGCAUUCUCGCCUCUCCCCGCCCCUCCACGCGUACGACCGACAUUUGGCAGCCGCCUCUCAAGCAUGCUUGGGAGCAAGAAUGACAGCGCUCCUAAUAACUCAUUCGCGGAGGAUCUCAAUUUUUCGUUCUCGCCGCCUGUAGAUGAGUUUGCAAGAAUCGACCCUAUGGACCUGAUUGAGGAUAUCAUGUCCAUACUUUUCACAGAAAUCUCAAAGCCAUUGUCACCCAAAUACAACGGCUCCUUGUUCAAGAUUUUUGAAUCAUUCCGGAACAUGAAGGUGGAGAAUGAUAAAUUUAAAGCUCUGAUCGCGGAACUGCAAACCCAGCUCAAGGAGUCGAAUCGGCUAAGACAAGUGGCCGAGAACCAGUACGCAGAAGAAGAAGAUGGAUUCAAGAGAGAAAUCAAGCGUUUGGAGCUCAUUAUUUGCAAUGGACCUCAAGCUGGAGGUAUAUCCGGGGUCAUGCACGCUCGCCAAAACAGUGUCAUCGAUCGAACACGGAAGCACAGAUACUUGGCACUUGAAGCUGAAACAUUGCCCUUUGGAGAAGAUGAUUCCUGCGACAGUAGUCAGGACAGGAAGGGUCGACAAACAUCAGUGCGGGGAUCUCACGCAUCCGUUGCAGGUGAGGUAGAACUAUCUCGUCGAUUCUCAACAUUCAGAGCUCCUGCCGACCCUACAUUCAUCGUCGGAACACUACCAACUUAUAAGUCCACUAAUCCACUCGUGGAACUGGACCAGGUACAUCUACUCGAAAAGGCUGUGAACAAGGCCGAUGAUGACGGAUUCAGUUCCGACGGUGACUUGCUCCCGGACGAGAUUGCCGAACGUAAUCUAGACAUGACUCCGCAGCAGGCUCAGUUGGCGGAAAAGUUAGCCAUCAGUGAGCUUGCAUCGCUUAUAGCCCGACGGAAAGAUCUGCCAGUAGAUCAGAUCAUCUCCACCAUGCUUGAGUUUCUCGAAAACGGGGUAUUGGGCAGUGAGAAUGGGAACGCGGAUGUCGCCAAAACAUUUCGAGGAUCAGGCGGCAGAUAUGACAAUCGGUCCACCAGCAGUUUUCAGACGCAACGCAGUCGGCCAUUCUCGUUUAUCGCAGGGGAUGAUGAUAAUGGCUUGCAUGCGCGCCCGCAUCGCGUGAGCGGACCAGGAUGGCUGGUUCCAAAUGCACGGCGCACUCCAACCAUCUCGGAACACCCAGGCCCUGUGCAGGAAGAGACGAUUGAAGCUCCUUCUUUGAGCCCAGGGAGGCCUCUUCUUAUAUCGGAAAAGUCCAAGAUGCCCAGUCCUGCCGGUACGAGCCACACCAGCUCCCGAAGAGCGAGCCCCGGAUCUUCCCCUGCACAGACGUCUAGUUCCAUGAACUCUUUCAGCAGACAAGAAUCAUACCAAAGUUCAAUCAAGAGCACUGUAACGACGAUGCGUCAUGGAUCUACGAACGAGUCGAGAAGAAGCUCGAAUAGCGGACACAGUGACUUGAGCUAUACUCGCCUUCCAGAGAAACGUGCUAAUCUGACAGGCAAUGCCGCCGCGCUGGCUGCAGCUCGAGCGGCCGGUAGAAGCAGUAGUGGCGGGGCCAAUGGCAAGCACAAGGACAAGCAUGGUGAGAAUCAGCAGCCGCCAAGAAGCGAGCAGCCACGGCACAAGCACCGAAGCAGCAUUACUUCCAUUAAGGCAGGCGACUCGAUGGGGAAAUAUGAUUACGAGCGCGAAGAAGUGGAUCUUGACUCGUACCUGAUGCUGCCUGACUGUGACGCCACAUUUGCCACCGCUGCAUCGAACAUUCGAAGCCGACAAGGAGUACGCGUCCCUGAGAGAAGAAAGAAAGACAACGAUGAAAGAUCUACACUGCUACCCAGGCCUAGACCUGUGGAUGUUAAGUCGGAGCGACCUGAAUGGAUGGAUAGGUAG